AUGAAUGCAGCCUCAGUACCCGCACCAGAUUUGUCUGAUGCGGCUCUCGAGUUAGCGGCGCUCGACGCUCUAGCUCCCAGACAUGAAGCGGAGCUGCCUACAGUGGCUCAUGGAACCUCAUCUAAGGCAUUGCCGGCCUCGGCUUCAGGCAAUGGCAGUGGCAGCGCUGCUGCUCGGGGACCUUUCCAGCGUUGCUGCGGCCGCCUUCUCUGCCAUCCGUUCCGUUCUCCUGUCAGGUAUUUCUCCCGUCUAAAAAGGGAAUUCGGGAUCUCCUUGAUGACGCUUCUGAUGUCGAAUUAUCUUUUUCUGAAGGGGGCAGCCUACCAUAUGGCAAUAGCCGCCUCAACCCCUGUUUUCAGGGAGGUUCUUAAGCUACCAGCAGAGCAACACAGUGUUGCAGCAGCUCUCUUUAUGGUUCCCUGGAGUAUCAAAGGCGUCAGUGGCUCCGUGUCUGAUUUGUGGGCCCUUGGGGGCUACCACAAGCGUUCCUUUAUGCUGCUGGCAUCCAUUUGCGGGGUGAUAGGCGCCACCUUGCUUGUGGCGUGUGCCGGGCGGCUCACCAUGGGUGUAGCGGUGGCUGGCUUUUUUCUAAUAAUGGUCCAGGCAAGCUUCAACGAUCUACUCUGCGAAGGGACAUACACUAGACGGAUGGCAGAGAAGCCCUAUACGGGCGCUGCCCUAACGUCUUUUGUUUGGCUAUGCAGCUCAAUGGGGACGUUUAUGCAGGCCAUCUGGGUAGGGCCUGUCGUUGACCACCUCCCUUUUCAGAUCGUACUGGCGCCUUUCCUCCCCCUCUGUGCGCAACAGCUUAUUAUUCUCCUUUGGCCGUGGCCGUUCCGGAGCUGGAAAGCAGACGGAGGUUUUGGGGGCGAGGUCUAUAUACCAAAGGGAGAGAGAUUUAAGGCCUUUCUACUCUCCGAGCAUAGCCGUUUGUUUGCUUGUGCCCUGUGCCUGACGGUUUGUGCGUGUGGGUCCAUGGUCGCUGGAUUGAUGAAUGAUAGGCGGCACAUUGUAGGAAUAGUGUAUUGCUUUUGCUCGUGUAUCUGUAUCUUAAUCACUGUUUUAUGUACGAUGCCUCCUUAUCUGGCAAAACCCGUGCUGUACAUGUUUGCGGGCAGAAUGUUAGUGCCCAAUAUAGCCUCGCAGUUUUCAUACUGGUUACGGGGCGGGCCCGACUGUGUACCUGGGGGACCCCACUUCAGCUGGACAUUCCUCCUGACGUGGAAUGCUCUGGCACAGUCUCUGUUUGCGUUUAUAGGUGUUGCCCUCUUUCAGCGCUAUGUUUCGAAGUGGACUUUUAGAAGGGCUUUUCUGGUCACAUCGAUCCUGCAGCAGCUUACCUGUCUCUUCGACGUAGCGAUGGUGAUGCGGUGGAACAGGAAGAUUGGGAUUCCUGACAAUGUAUGGUACUUCUGCUCAGCAUCUAUCAUAGAGGAAGUGGCGUCCAUGUGGGCUUUUAUGCCAGGGUGCGUCCUUAUCUCCCGCCUCUGUCCAAAAAAUAUCGAGAGCACAAUGUAUGCGGUGGUCGCCGGGCUCCAGAACUUUGGUCAGUCCAUGGCGAAGCUCAGUGGGAACUUUCUUUGCUACACACUUUUGGGCAUCAGAACGCUUCAGACGGCUGAGGUGGAAGGCUGCGAUUUUACCAACCUCCCUCUUGGUAUCGGUAUUGCUAUGGGGAUUUGUCCAUUCCUUCCCAUAUCCCUUACCUUUUGUCUUGUUCCUAACACGUAUAUGGAUGAGGCGCUACCUGAAUCUGGACGUGCAGAGGGAUCUGGCGCUGCUGUUACAGUAGCGCCUGUACAAGCAACAGAAAGCGAGCGGGCAGCAGACCAAGCGGCAGAAUUGCCUGCCCCAAGUGCAGACACAGAUGCCCCAGAGGAGGCCUCUUCUCCUCCCAUUUCUUCGUCUGACGACAUAGUUUUAAUGGAUAGACGUAUCUCAGUGCAGGCAUUUGUAGGGACCAACUGCCCAAAUGAGACUUCCAAGGAGAGCGAGCCCCAGGAGGGCAAGCCCCAGGAAAGCGAGGGAGUGUCGGUGGAGGAGGGAAAUGGGAGUUCAUCAGCCAAGCAAGGGCGACUGCCAGACGCGGUACACGAUACGUCUGUUGCGGCAGUUACAGUCUUCAGGAAGCGAACACAACACUUGAGGCAAGUGCAGCAGCAAGAACACAAGCCACAAACACCAAACGAGGAGCAACCCGAAUGA